AUGGACACUGUCGACUCGCGCACGCGAGGCAAGAUCUCUCUUCACUCCACUGGGACUCCCAAUUCUUCCGCUGCCCUUUCCAACCGGCUUCUAGCCGACGUACUCCUCGUCCUUGCGCUCAACGCAGGCAAAGACUACCUCCUCGCUGAUGUAGGCGUAUUCUGGGUCCUUGUCCGUGUUCUGGCGUGUGGUGGGUUUGUCGCGAUCAUAUGGUUCUUGACGUCGGGGGGUUUACACACGAAGCGGGCCACCGAGUGGUCCGUUGUCGGCAUGUCCUCCUUGCUGCUAUUCCUUCGAUACGCGGGGCUGUUCACCGCGCUCUAUCGUCUGCCUUCCACUCGUGCCAUCCUGUUCACCCAUUUCUCCCCCAUGUGGUUGAAGCAGUUGAUGUCCUUCACCUCGGUCAAACGCACGACUGCUGUGAUUCUCUCCCUUCUAGCCUCAUUCCUCUGGGAUUCCCGCUUUUCCCCGGGUGAAUUCGGAGCCGUGCUCCCUGCUUAUGGUGCAAUUGCCGUCGAAGCAAUCGCGCGGACGGCAUAUGCGCACACCGAAAGCGUUUUGUCUCCCUCACUGGGCCAGUCGGCGUCGGCGAUCAUCAGCAUGCUCGGCGCAUGCGUGUUCAGUCUCCCACUGUACAUGCUCAGACAUCUACUGCUCUCCGACUACAGUCACCCAAUGCCCACUUUGUCUGCACUGGCAGUCCUCCCCUUUCUUGCUUACGUCGUCCUUUAUCAUGACCCUCGAGCGUCCAUCAGCACUUCCACCGCGAUCACCUCACCCCGCUAUGUCGUGCUUUCGUAUGUAACCACCUACGCAUCUGCCGUUGUCCUCGGCUUCUUGGCAUUCGGUCAUUCGCCUAGAUUCGUCGACAUCAUGAUACCCGCCAUGCUGUUGUAUGGUCUGUAUCCAAUACCCGCUGAACCCUCAGCCAAGGCCGGAAACUAUUACGCAUCUACGACAAAACUGAUGCGAGCCUACCUGAAGGACAUCCUCUCUAACCCUGAGUCACGCAAGAUAUUCUACUUCCUGAUGCUUAAUAUGUGCUAUAUGUUGGUGCAGAUGCUUUACGGCAUCUGGACAAACAGCCUUGGUCUCAUCUCAGACGCGAUCCACAUGGCGUUCGACUGCAUGGCAAUUGGCGUGGGCUUGAUUGCCUCCGUUAUGGCGCGCUGGCCACCUAAUGAGAGGUUCACAUAUGGUUAUGGGCGCAUUGAAACCCUUUCUGGGUUCGCCAAUGGUAUCUUUCUCGUCCUUAUUUCAGUAUUCAUUGUGUUCGAAGCCAUUCAGCGCUUACUGGACCCUCCGGAGAUGAACACCAGCCAAUUGUUGCUGGUCAGUUCUCUGGGAUUGGGUGUCAAUCUAUUCGGCAUGUUCGCGAUGGGCGGGCAUCACCACGGAGGACAUUCACACUCGCACUCGCAUGGCCAUGGGCACAGUCAUGCUCCCUCCCUUCAACCUCCCAUAAAUUCACCGAAGCAUGGGCACGACGACCACGGGAAUGACCACAGGCACGAUCAUGGUCCUGUUCAUAGUCACAAUCAUGAUCACGACCAUGAACAUGGUCCUGGGCACGAGCACAGCCAUACACACGACAACAGUCACUCGCAUUCGCACUCUCACUCCCCCGAUGCUCAUUGCGACGACCAUUCUCAUCCGGGCGAGCCAUCCCACAUCCAAUCUCAUACUAUCCCUCAUUCACACUCCGAACCACAUUCCCACUCCCAUUCAUCGGGGCACAGUCACUCGCACUCGCACUCAUUCUCACCCAGCUUCACCGAAGAUCCCCCUUCACCCAUUACCCCAUCUAGCUCGCGCCCAGGCCUGCACUCUCGUCACCAGUCCCUGGAGAUCAAAGUCGAGCCCGUUCCGCACCUCCUCCACCCCGCUCACGGGCGACUGCAGAGCGAAGCGGCCCUGCCCUCGCCCAUCACUCCGAACUACAAGUUCGGCCACGACGACCACUUCGAGACGCACCACUCGUCCGGAUCUGCGCCGAAUCUUCACGAUCACAGCCAUGCCCAUGGCCACGCCCACGAAGGGCAUAGCGACAAUAUGCGCGGCGUGUUCCUCCACGUCAUGGCGGACACGCUCGGGUCUGUCGGUGUCAUCAUCUCGACGCUUCUCAUCCAGUAUUACGGCUGGACGGGUUUCGACCCGAUCGCCUCGCUCUUCAUCGCGAUCCUCAUUGCUGCCAGCGUCAUUCCUUUGGUGAUCGACACCGGUAAAGUGCUUGCUUUGGACCUAGACUCCAAGGAUUCUUCCGUCCGCGCCGCACUGACCGAGCUUGGGACUACCGAAGGCCUCGUGUCGUACUCCGCGCCCCGCUUCUGGCCCAAGGACUCUGCAAGCGUGAUCGGCACGAUCCACGUCCAGCUCGGGCCCUCCGCCUCCUCGCUGGACCCCGGCGGUCCCCACUCUUCCGUCCGCCCCUCGUUCGCAAACGUCGAGCGCGUCGUCGAGCGCGUCGACAAGCUGCUCCGGAGCCGCAUCCCAGGGCUCGAGGAGCUCACGAUCCAGGUCGAGGACCCGGCGUCGGCCUACCGAGACUGA